CUAAUUCGCAUUGCACCUGUGGACCUGGUUUGCUGCGAUCAAUACAUGCUACUCAUUCGUUUGACAACCCUCUGCAUUUUGAUCAAUGUUUACGCGUGCACUUCCGUUGAAUUCACUGUGGGAGCACUUGUUAGUAGUGAGGAUGUUUUGAAAAAUUUCAAGCGAAUGGUGUCUGCUAUUGGCGACGAGGUGAACGGCGAUAUCGUGCGCUUCAAAGCAAAGGGAGGAGUGUGUUAUUUACGUUUAUUGAUGGUUUCCUAGAUCCUUGCUUUGAAUGCUUUAAAAGCGAGUGAGCAAGUUUGUACACUAUUCAAUGCAACCGAUGGGCGACUGUUUGCUUUGAUUGUUUCCCACCCGUCCGGAGCAGUUGGUGCUCCACCAUUAUCCGUGUCUUUCAUCUGCUCCUUUUACCUUCUACCAACCUUGGGAGCCAGUGCGCGACAGUCAGUGUUCAGCGACAAAUACAGCCACGCUAGUUUCCUGCGAACCGUACCACCAUUCAGCAGAGAAGCGGAAAUAUGGGCAGACUUAAUAGUUGCUUUUGGUUGGAGGGAAGUAUGUGUUAUUCAUUCGGAUGAUCAAGAUGCUAAAACACUUCUACUUGGAUUGAAAAAGGCAGCAAAACGGCAAUCUUCGCACGAGAAUUAUUUUAAAAUAAUGCGACAGGUAGUCAUCAACACUGAUGAAGAGGAUGCAGCUCGCAUCAAAGAUUUCACUAGCCUUCUUUUGCCAAUUCGAAACGAACAAACUCGGGCAAUACUGUUGUUCUUACGUCGUUCAUUUGCGGAAUACAUCUUCGCAGCUGCUCGAGGCUUGGGUAUGCUUGAAGCCGAAUGGGCAUGGAUUGUGACUGAACAGGCUUUGCCUGCCUCCAAUAUCCCCCAGGGAGUCAUAGGCGCUCGCCUGUUAAGAGCUAGCGAGAUGGAUCAUGUGGCUGAUGCUGUUCGGGUGGCUACGCAAGGCAUACUCUCGAUGAUGCGAGCCUAUCCGGAUGCUAUGCGUUCUCUCCGCUCGGUCAGCGUAUGUAGAGAGGAUCCGCUUCAGAUUCAAUCCUCCCCCGGUAAUGAUAAUCUGGUGUACGAUUGGAACGAGUACGCAAGCAAACUUUACAAUCACAUGCUUCAAGUUAAUUUUACUGACGGCAGAACUGGUCCAAUCGAAUUCGACACGAACGGCGAUCGUGUCAGACCAAUGUACGAAAUUGUGAACGCACAACUCGUGGCUGAUCCGUCGAAUGCGGCGAAAUCAUCUUUCGGGUUCCAACGACCGGAGCUAGUACCUGUCGGACUGUAUGGACUUCCACAACCCACUCCGACCCACUGGUACUCUUCCUUUCCCUACCCAAACCUGCUUCUGAUCAAUAUGUCUGCGUUGAUCUGGCCGUCCAACAGUGUUGUGCGACGUCGCCAAUUGGUUUGCAUUCAAAGGGAUCCAGAUGGCAGGUGCCGUCAGACUGAGAAACAGACUGUGCCAGCUGCUCCGAUGAGUUUUAAAAAGAAGACGCAUCUCAAGGUGGUCACUGCAAUAAGUGUGCCAUUUGUGCAUGCACGACCCAAACCUCCGGAUCGAAAAUGCAACGAAUCCAUUGAUCCCUGGUUACCAAAGAUGGAGGUGGAAUGCACUCACACAGAUCCACUAACAGGAGUCAUCAAGCGUUUUUGUUGCUAUGGUUUCUGCGUUGACCUUCUCCGUCUUUUGGCCAACCGGACCGGACUGGAGGUCAAUCCGACCCCGUUCGCCUACGAACUACAUUUGGUUGGCGACGGCCAAAUAGGAGAGGAAGUUGUGGAAAACGACACACGAAGCUGGACCGGAGUUGUGGGCGAGAUACUCACCGGUGUGGCCGAUUUGGCCGUCGGUCCGGUUGCAAUAACACCGGAACGUGCUGCACGAGUGGAGUUCUCCAAACCAUUCAAGUAUUUGGGUCUCACCAUUUUAGUGAAAAGAGAACGCGCCAAGUCCAACUUGGGAUCAUUUUUACAACCAUUUGAGAACACUCUGUGGGUACUGGUCGCCCUCUCCGUGCACGCCGUGGCCUGGGUACUUUAUCUGUUGGAUCGCUUCUCCCCAUUUGGUGCUGUUAGACCCACGAGGGUCAUGACCUCUGGGUCACCCGACAGAGCGCAACUCAGUGAGCCUCCACCUGAAGCAGCGUGGAAUGGAAGACCAAAGGUUGCAUUGAAUCCAAUAACACCUCAAUCCGAGUACUCUGUUAGCUCUUCGGUUGAAUUUGAGGAGGGACUUACUCUCACAUCAGCAAUCUAUUUCGCCUGGGGUGUACUACUGAACUCCGGAAUCGGGGAGGGCACUCCGCGCUCUUUCAGUGCUCGCGCGCUUGGAAUGGUCUGGGCUGGUUUUGCAAUGAUCAUCGGUGCCAGUUACACUGCUAAUCUUGCAGCCUUUUUGGUCCUGGAUAGGCCAGAGUCGUCCAUCUCUGACAUCGACGACAUGCGGCUCCGUGCUCCACAAAAAGAUUUCCCUUUCGCCACGGUUCGCGGCAGUCCGGUAGAAAUGUACUUUAAACGCCAAACGGAAUACGCCACCAUGUAUCGAGUGAUGGAAUCACACAAUUAUCAGAGCGCCGAAGAAGCAGUUGAGGCAGUAAAAGCCGGAACAUUGAAAGCCUUCAUAUGGGAUUCGGCUCGUCUGAACUACGAAGCAGCCAUGCAUUGCGACCUGGUUACUGCGGGGGAGGUGUUCGGUCGCAGUGGUUAUGGACUAGCGAUGAAGAAAGGUAAUCCAUGGUUAGAGGAGCUAUCCCAAGCAGUUCUGAACUUUCACGAACGUGGGAUUAUGGAAAAGCUGGAUUCGCGCUGGAUAGAUGUGGACUCGGCUGGCUGCGCGCACACCGAGUCCAGUCCGGCCACGUUGGAAUUGACCAAUAUGGCCGGGGUUUUCAUCAUGAUCGGCAUGGGCAUUGCCACCGGGAUGCUCAUCACUCUAGUGGAAAUCGCGUGCAAUCAUCGACGACGGCUGGAACAGCGAAAUUCCAGACUGGCGGUAGAUGCUAUCUCCCGCUGGAGGGUAAAUGUUAAGGAACGCCGACUGAAAGAGCUCACAGCCGACAGUCAAUACGGAAAGGAUCCAAGCAUUUCUUCUCUCUAAUAGUAGAUCAUUCCUUCCCUGCACUUCAGCUGUGUCCGGUUCCCGCUACUCAUAAAGCAACCAAAAGCACCGGCGCUAAUACGUCAGUUUCUUUAAACUUCGCGAUGCGCAACUUCGCGAUGCAGGUUCAUUGGUGUUUAGCUUCGACACAUCGGACCGAAUGGGCUACGCAUUCCACCUCUACUAUUUCAUCUCGUCUUCAUUUGGACUCCAUCAAAAUCGUGAAAUCUAGUGAAAAUGACGAAACUGAAGCACGGCGGAACUACACUAUUUAGUCACAGCGUUCCUCUCUAAUUGGUGCCUCUACCUCAAUACUACAAACAUGAACACUGGUCGACCAUGCCUCACUGAUUUUCACCGAACAUUUGACAGUCCAACUAAUAGACCGACAGCUUCCUACACUUCCAGAUACAUCGAAUUUUGUACUCGCACAACAAGAGUCGUCUCUUCAAUCAUCCGAUCCUAUACCGUCAUUUACACCGCAUUUAUGAUACUUCACACACAAUGUCUUGUUUGUCAAAAAUCCUUUACACUACCCAGCAUUUACAGCUACUGAUGUUCAGCAGCUCACAACGACCCACUUUUAACACAGCUUCUAAGCAUCGUUUACUGACGAUUUAUGUUCUCGGAUUCAUGUUAUCAUCUAAGCCCUUAGCCGCAAUAUCCUUUUCAUUGAAUCCGAUAAUGUCCUACUUCCGCAGUCUGCUCCUGCACUUUGUUCUAACUGCGAAUUGAGAAAUGAGGAUUAGAUCUGGUGAUUUCGGCACCGUUGUUUAGUAUGAUCGAUAUGUAAACAACAAUAUUAGCGAAACAUGUGCAAAUACCA